AUGAGUGAAUUAAAAGAACUUAUUAAACAAAGGGGUCAUAUUAGAGCUCGACUUACUCUAUUUGAAAAAUAUUUAACACCCUUAAUGCAUUGCAAAGAAACUAAUACAUUGAAGAUACAUGAGCUCAAUCUUCGAUUAAAUAAAUUACGUGACCUUUCAUGUACCUUUGAGGAAGUUCAAUCAAAAAUUGAGAUGUUGGAUGAAGACACUGGCAAACAAGUAGAAGAACGCGAGACAACAGAGAAUUCAUUUUUUUAUUUGAUUGCUCAAGCUCAAUCCUUGUUAGAGUUUUUCGAAAAUUCAAAUAGGGUUGAAUCUUCAUGCAACCAAACAUGUAAUAGUUAUAGCAAUUUAAAGUUACCGCCUUUAAAAAUCCCACCUUUUGACGGCGCUCCAAAUAAGUGGCUUUCCUUUAGGGAUACAUAUUUAUCUUUAAUUCACAACAAUGAAAAUAUUGACGAUAUUAGUAAAUUUCAUUACCUUAAAUCAUAUUUAGAGGGAAAUGUUUCUUCUGUCAUUAACUCUGUUACUGUAUCUUCUAAAAAUUAUGCAACCGCUUGGCAACUACUUUGCGAACGGUAUGAUAAUAAGCGUUUAUUGAUAAAUGAGCACAUAAAGGGGCUAUUUUCAAUUGAACCGUUGCAUAAAGAGACUGAGGCUGGCAUUCGUAAUUUAAUUGAUACGUUAUCGAAAAAUCUGAGUGCUUUAAAUUCUUUAGGUGAACCCACUGACAAAUGGGAUACAAUUAUUAUUUAUAUUGCCUCGACAAGGUUAGACAGUGCGACUGCUAGGAAAUGGGAGGAAUUUCGAAGCAAUACAAUUUCUCCUAACUUAGAAGAGUUCUAUUCAUUUCUUCGUCAACGCGCAAUGGUUUUGGAAACCAUGAAUGCUAAUAGGUCAUGCAAAAAUGAAAAACGUUAUAGUGCAACAAAAACGAAUUCAUUUGUUACUUCUUUUACCCAGUCCUCCUUUGACAAGCAGUGUGCAAUCUGUAACCAAGGUCAUAAAUUAUAUGAGUGUUUAAAAUUUAAAUCUUUACCUGUUGAAGAGCGUAUUUCUAAGAUUUCCCUAUCAAAAUUAUGUAGCAACUGCUUUCGCGGCGGCCAUCAGGCAUUUCAGUGCAAGUUGAGUGGCUGUAGAAUUUGCAAGAAAAAACACAACACUGUAUUACAUAAACAACAUUCCUCACAAAUUAUACGCAUGCAACAACUUAUACCACAACAAAGCAAAACUACACCACAACAAAACCUACAAGAACUAACAUCUACUAAUAAUAAUAAUUUUACAAAAACAAGUGAAGCAAACUUACCUAACAUUACAGUUGACUCAAACGUACCCAGCCCCUCUUCUCUUGUUUCUAUGUCUGCUGUCUCCACAAAUCAAGCCGUUCUUUCUACUGCGUUGGUAAAAAUGACAAACAAUAACAAGGUUUUUAUGCUGAGGGCUUUACUAGAUUGUGGCAGCCAGUCAUCUUUUAUUAGUGAAGGGGCUCAAAAGAAAAUGGGCUUUUACAAAAUAAAGGAAUCUUACAAAUGUGUGUCAGGUAUAGGUAAUACUGUUUUAAAUAUUACUGAACAUUGCUCAAUACGGAUACAUUCACUAUAUAAUUCAUUUAAUAUAUCAGUUAAAUGCUAUAUUCUUCCUAAAAUUACUGAUUGUCUCCCUCAUGCUAAAAUUCGUUAUCAAGAAUUAGGUAUUCCAAACAAUGUACAACUUGCAGAUCCAAAGUUUUACCAACCUUCCGAUAUUGAUUUACUAUUGGGUGCUGACACAUUUUGGGCGCUGAUUGGAACGAAUAGAAUAAAUUUGGGGCCUCAAAGGCCAAUAUUACUAGAAACACAAUUAGGGUGGAUAGUGGCUGGCCCCAUGGGAGAAGGUUAUUUUAACAGUAACAAUUCAAAUAUACAAUGUAAAUUUUUGAAUGAGAUUCGCAAACAAUUAUCAAAGUUCUGGGAACUUGAAGAAGUUCCUAAUGUUACGUACAAUGAAGACAAUUAUUGUGAAACAGUAUUUAAUACAACUACUCGCCGUGAAGACGACGGUAGAUUUUGUGUACAAAUUCCACUAAAAGAUUCUGUAGAAAUUUUAGGUGAUUCAUACAAUAUUGCAGAAAAAAGGUUUUUCCAACUUGAGAAAAAAUUAAACAACAACGAUAAAUUAAAACAAGAAUAUCAACAUUUUAUUAAAGAAUAUGAGCGUUUAGGUCACAUGACCAAUGUUUCUAAGCCUCUAUUCGGUUGUUAUCUUCCACAUCAUGCUGUAAUUAGAGAAAAUAGUGAGACUACGAAGCUUCGUGUAGUUUUUGAUGCUUCUGCAAAAACGUCUACCGGAAUAUCACUUAACGACAUACAACAUAUCGGCCCUGUAGUACAGGAUGAUUUAUUUUCAAUUUUGUUAAGAUAUCGGCAACAUAAAUACGUUGUCACAGCAGAUGUGGAAAAAAUGUAUCGCCAAAUCAUGGUAGAUCCAAAUCAGCGAAAUUUGCAAAUUAUUUUAUGGCCAAUUUGCUCACAUGAAAUUAAAAUAUAUCAAUUAAAUACAGUGACGUAUGGAAUGGCAUCGGCGCCAUUUCUGAGUACACGUCUAUUGCAACUUUCAAAAGAAUGCAAAGAUAAUAAAAUAGCACAAUUAAUACAGACAGACUUUUAUGUUGAUGACUUUCUUUCUGGCGCUGAAACUGAAAGUGAAUUACAAAAUAUAAUUAAAUCAGUCACUACAGUUCUCAGUACAGCCUGCUUUCCGCUAAGAAAAUGGCGAACUAAUGCACAUAUUCACCUUCAAGGUGAAUCAAAUACAUCGUUGCCAAAAAAUUUCGAUUUGACUUCGCAAUCCAGCGUUUUAGGUCUGAAAUGGGAUCCAACUAAGGACGUUCUUCGAUUUCCAGUUAACAUACAGUUAGAUCAAAAUAUUACCAAAAGAACGAUUUUGUCCAAUUCAGCCAAGUUAUUCGACCCACUAGGUUUGCUUAGUCUUUGUACCAUCAUACCUAAAAUAAUGCUACAAAAAUUAUGGUUGACAAAACUUGAUUGGGAUGAUUCGGUGGAUAAUGUAUUAAGGGCAAAAUGGCAAGGUUUCAUAAAUAAUUUAAACACCGUAUCGUUCAUUGAAAUACCUAGAUGCGUCCUCAUUAAUAAACCUGUAGUGAUAGACUUACAUACAUUCUCGGAAGCUUCACAAGUAGCAUAUGCUUCUGCAGUCUAUCUCAGAUCAGUUGAUGGUUCAGGUAAUGUUCUGGUCAGAUUACUUUGUGCGAAAACUAAAGUUGCUCCAGUUAAACCAACGACAAUACCUCGAUUGGAACUGUGUGGUGCCUUGCUUUCGGCACGAUUAAGUGUUAAAGUAUUAAAGGCUAUUCGUUGCAAAAUUGAUUCAGUCUAUCAUUGGACUGACUCUACAAUAGUUUUGGGCUGGCUAUCCUCUCAACCAUGCGAUUUGAAACCAUUCGUUUCAAACCGCGUUGGUGAAAUAAGAGAACUUACUAGUGCAGAUGUUUGGAGGCACGUCCCUGGAGAUAAAAACCCAGCAGAUCUAGCGUCACGCGGUUUAAAUCCUAAAUUAAUUAAUUCUGCCACGCUUUGGUGGCAAGGACCGUUGUUUUUAACCGAAAACUCGUGUAAUUGGCCCAAAAUUAUAAAUAUUAAAAAUAUUGGUAAUUUACCUGAAAUGAAAGCUUAUACUAAAACACUAGAACCUACAACUACACUACACGCCUCAACUACAGUACAAUCUACAACUACACUACAAUCUACGUGUUCAUCAAAUACUACUUUAGCUGUUAGCCAGUCAAUGAUAGUAAAUGUGGAAAGAUUUUCAAGGUUCACAACAUUACAAAGAUCUUUAGCUUUAGCGUUCUACGUUUUAUUCAUAACCUCAAACAUAAACAUCACAAAUUCACUGGCCCCUUAA